ACAGUUGGAUCAAUAAGGAAACUUUGGUCCCUCUCUCUCUCUCUCUCUCUUCAGUUUUUGCUCUCUUUUGGGUGCUUCCCUUUCUUCUCUUUUUUCCUUUCUUUUAUUUAUUCUCCAAUCUCUUUUCUUUCAUCAUAACAAGGCUUUAUUCUUUUUAUCUUCAUUAGUAGUGGUCAAAAGGAUUUCUGGGAUUUUGCCAAUUUGGUGUAACAAAAUAUCACUCCCACCCUCCCCUUUUCUUUUACACAAACACAGAAGCAAAAAAAGAAAAAAAAAAAAAACUUCAUCACUUCUUGGCUUAUUUGAGCAACUACUCUGCUUAUUGGAUUAUUUCCUGAGGUUGUUUUUUCUACCUGAUCCUUCUUUGUGGAACACUAUUUUUACUACUGUGCUAAGAAUUGUGUUCCUCUCCGUACAAAUCUACAUAUCUGAGGCUUUAGAUCUUCUUCAACUCCUGCUGCUAGCUACUUUAUUUUAAAAAUUUCAAGUUUUAAUAUUUGCUGGGAAAGAGAAAAGAGGGCUGAUUUCUAUUUUCUACUUGUAUUACUGUGAGAGAAGGAUUGAAUUGCAUUGAAGUGGUGAGAAGAAGGAAGAUGGUGAGAGGAAAGACUCAGAUGAGGCGCAUAGAGAACGCAACAAGCAGGCAAGUAACAUUCUCAAAGAGGCGUAACGGUCUGCUUAAGAAGGCCUUUGAGCUUUCUGUUCUUUGUGAUGCCGAGGUUGCUCUCAUCAUCUUCUCUCCAAGAGGCAAGCUUUAUGAAUUUUCUAGCUCCAGCAUGCAAGAGACAAUUGAACGCUAUCGCAGACAUACACGGAAUGCUCAAACAACACCUAGAUCAAAUGAACAAAAUACGCAGCAUUUGAAGCAAGAAACGGCAAGUUUGAUGAAGAAGAUUGAGAUUCUUGAAGCUUCAAAACGAAAAUUGGUGGGAGAAGGUUUGGGAUCGUGUACCUUAGAAGAGUUGCAGCAAAUAGAACAACAAUUGGAAAAGAGUGUAAUCAGUGUUAGAGCUAGAAAGACUCAGGUUUACAAGGAACAAAUUGACCAACUAAAGGAAAAGGAAAAAGCUCUAAUUGCUGAAAAUAUCAAGCUUUCAGAACAGUAUGGCAUUCAAGCACCACAGGCAAUUCUAAAGGAUCAAAAAGAAAAUGAACAAUCCUACCCAGAAAGUAGUAGUCCAAGUUCAGAUGUGGAGACUGAAUUAUUCAUUGGACUACAUAGGUCUAGUUGAGAUAAACAAAAAUUAACCUUCCAUCAUCAGUAUGACCUAUGCAAAUGUAUAAAUAAGAGGAAGUCCUAUUAUCUUAUUUUAUGCACGAGUAAUCUCAUAUCAGAUAUGUUAUCAGUAUUCCUAUAGAGAUCAAUAAUAAUACUGGCAUCCGAAUAGGUUAAUUCAGUCAGUAGUAAAACUUAAAAUUAUGUUUAGGUACUACUAAUAGUAGUUUUAUGCUUAGAGUUUAAUAAAGGCUUUUUCCUGAUU